AUGAUUUAUACUCAACCAAGUCUUGAUACUGUAGUUAGGUUUAACGAAUUACCCAAUCUUUUUGAUGCUAACGAAGCAAAAAACAAACAUGUUACUGAAGAAACGUUUGAUAUAUUAGGGCAACUCUUCAUUGAUUUUCACGUUCAAAAUAUUUUUGGCCUUACUCUUUUGCAUAACCACUUUUUACUUGAAGAAGGUGAAAUUUUACUUCAAACCGGUUCAUUGUUUGAUUCUGAACAAAAAAUCGUCAGCCAACCAGUAAAGAUCGAUAAACUGGCUUCAUCGGUUCAAGGAUCCAAUUGGAGAAUUACCUCAAAUAAUUCUUAUGUUCCUUACGAAUUUCAGCCUGAAAACGAAGAUUUGAAAAUAGACUUCUCUUCUCCCGAGAUUCAAUCGUUCCUUAAAGAAUUAUCACAAAAGUUAAAUGAACUUGAUUUAACACAUAUCUUCGGAAUAUGCACUGUUAAUGAAGAAGAUUCUAUGGAACUUGGAUUUGAAUAUACUGAAGAAAGAAAAAAUAUUACAAUUCCUCUUAGCAAUUUGGAUAAACUUGAUAACUCGAUUGAAGCAGUUUGGAGCUUUGAGCCUGAUCUUAACAAUAAGGGGGAGAAAAUCAAAACC